AAGGAGAAGAAGACCGAGAAAUCGGUCAACAAGGAAGCUCAAUCGCUUACCGAUAAAGAUGGCUUUGAGAAGAAUGUUGCAUUUUGUUUUCAAAGUUGGUGACCGGGCCAAAACAGCCACGUUUUAUCGAGAUGUUCUAGGCAUGAAGGUUCUGCGGCAUGAGGAGUUUGAGGAAGGCUGCAAAGCUACAUGCAACGGCCCUUAUGAUGGAAAAUGGAGCAAGACGAUGGUCGGCUUUGGUCCAGAGGAUGAUCAUUUUGUUGCUGAGCUGACGUACAAUUAUGGGGUUGGAGAAUAUCAACUUGGUAAUGACUUCUUGGGUCUCACGCUACAGUCCAGCCAAGCCGUGAGCAAUGCCAGACGCCUUGGAUGGCCUCUCACUCAGGUGGAGGAAGCUCUGUAUUUGACCCAUGCUCCUGGAGGAUAUCCUUUCUACAUUGUGGACAAAGACCAGCCUCCUCAUGACCCCGUGCAGAAGGUUUCCCUCGGCGUGUCGGACCUCCACAAAUCAACUCAUUACUGGGCUACGCUCUUAGGCAUGACUGUGAUGGACAAAAAAGAGAACAACAAGACCGUGUUGUUGGGAUUUGCAGAUUCUCAAUGUAAAUUGGAACUCCGGGAUGUCGGUGGAGCAGUCGAUCAUGGAACAGCGUUUGGGAGAAUUGCCUUCUCUUGUCCACGAGAACAAUUGCCCAGCAUUGAAGCCUUAAUGAGAAAAGAAAAUCAAAAGAUUCUGACUCCAUUAGUCAGCCUGGACACUCCUGGAAAAGCCACAGUAGAAGUAGUUAUUUUAGCUGACCCAGACGGUCAUGAGAUUUGUUUUGUGGGAGAUGAGGCGUUUAGGCAGCUUUCUGCUGUGGAUCCUAAAGGAAAUGAAUUGCUUGAUAAGGCCAUGGCUGAAGAUAAAAGUGACGAAUGGUUUGCCAAGCAUGACAAACAGAAGGCUGCAGCAUAAGAUGCAUUUCUCAUCAUUUCUUUGGAUGAUCAAAUGCUGAAGCAGAUUCUUGUAGCCAGCAUCUUUUUUUGUAAUGCCAGCUGUGUUUCGGCUGGAAGUCGGAGUUAUUUCUCUGAAUGGGCAGCACAAUAAGAGCUGCUAAAAUGGACCACUUGUUGAAUUUGAUCAGUGUUUUUUUUUCCCCGUGAAUUAAUUAUCUUGUAAGUUUAAAAAAAAAAAAGAAUG